AUGACACCACCGCCAGUAGAACGUAAAAACGAACAGCAAGCAAAUUUGCUCAGACAACGUAUGCAGAAGGUUCAAAUCAGAGAGCGAAUUUUGUCUACUGUUAGACAAGAACAUUGUGCAAGAAAGGUGAAUCCUAUUUGGGCAGAAUCCAAGCCUUCUUCUUCUUCUCCUACGAUCCAAACUGUUAGCGAAACAAACAAGGAGGAUUCUACAGAAACUGUAAUGCACUCUGCUAUCAAGAAUACACGAAAUUUUGUGAAACAAUAUUCUGCUCACAAUAGAGUAACACCCGAUAAGAGAAGAAAGAGAGCUCCAGUGUCGAAUCAAGUUCGUGAUUUAUCUGUUUUAGUGGCUAGCUUGGAUUUGGAGUGGAAUAACUUCCAAACAGUCAUGGAAUCUACUCAACGUUUCAGACGAUUGCUGUCCAUUGAGAGAAAUCCUCCAAUCGAUGAAGUAAUUAUUUCAGGUGCUGUACCAUACUUUGUACAAUUUUUGGACAUUGGUGAAAUUCAAAAGUAUUACAAUUGUGAUUUUGGAGAUUCACCCAAACCACCUGGUUUUAAAGAAAGUGCUGUGGACGAAGGCAAGAAAACCAUCUCUGCCUUUCAAAUACAUCAGUUGCAAUUUGAAGCCACUUGGGCCAUCACAAAUAUUGCAUCUGGUACUUCUGAACACACACGUUAUGUUGUUGAGCUAGAUUGUGUACCAAAGAUUAUUAAUUUAUUGUCAAGCGAAAAUGAUGACGUGAGACAGCAAAGCGUAUGGGCUCUCGGUAAUAUUGCAGGAGAUUCAGCAGCACUGAGAGAUUUGGUUUUGACAAAGGGAGCAAUGUCAAAAGUACUCAAAUUGAUCAACACUGAAAGCAGUUCCCGAGUGAAGCGAGACGCGACUUGGACUCUUUCCAACUUGUUCAGAGGUAAACCUGUACCAGAUUGGAACUUGGUCUCGGAGGCAAUUCCAACAUUGACUUCCUUGCUUUUUUCUUCUGACGAAGAAAUUCUUGUUGACACUGUUUCUUAUGCCUCUGAUGGACCAUGUGACAGAAUUCAAGCAAUUAUUGACAACAAUGCCGUUCCAAGACUUGUGGAAUUAUUAUCUCAUCCAAGUAGUAAUGUCCAAACACCAGCACUCCGAGCUAUUGGAAAUAUUGCAACAGGUGAUGAUAUCCAAACACAAACUGUUUUAUCAUGUGGACUUUUACAAAGAUUACCACCUCUUCUUAACCAUACAAAGAAAUCAAUUAGAAAAGAAGUAAUGUGGACAAUUUCCAACAUUACCGCUGGUACCAAACAGCAAAUUCAAUCUGUGAUAGAUGCAAAACUAAUUCCAAUCAUUAUUGAAAAGGUCAAAACAGAAGUUUUUGAUGUAAAGAAGGAAGGAUUUUGGGCCUUGGCCAAUACAUGUGAGGGAGGAUCAGGUGAGCAAAUUGAGUACGUGGUUGAGGUUGGAGUUCUUGAGCCAUUUUGUGAAGCUCUUCGCUUGUCGGAUGCUAAGAUUUUAAUGGUGGUAUUGGAAGGUUUGUCUGCUAUUCUCAAAUAUUAUCAAACGACCGAAAAACUUGCCGUGAUCACUGCUACUAUUGAAGAAACAGGUGGCUUAGAUUUGAUUGAGAAACUUCAAACACAUCCCAACAAUGAGAUCUAUGAAAAAGCAUUGGAAAUUCUUGAAACCUAUUUUGGUGUAGAGGAAGACGGUGAUGAAUAUGGUUCAGCCAAAACUGACAAAAAAGCAGCUCCAGCACCAGCCUUCUCAUUUGGAAGCUCCAACUCAGAAAAUUUUAGCUUUGGUGGGUCUGAUGGAGGUUUCAAUUUUAAUUAA